AUGUUCAUCAAAGACGCCCCCAAUAGUCACGGCUGGGUCAACUCUCGUGAUGUCGAAGACCUGUGGCGAGACCACUUUGACUACUUCUACCGUGAAUACGCCGAUGAUCCCGAUGAGAUCUGCGUGUUCCCCCUCACAGUCCAUCCGGAUGUUUCCGGCCGGCCGCAUGCUCUGCUGAUGCACGAAAGAUUGAUCGAGUAUAUCAACAAGCAUGAAGGUGUUGAGUGGGUGACGAUGGAGCAGAUGUGCGAUGAGUUCAAAAAGAAGAAUAAGCCACCAAAGGGAGCUGUUAUGCCCAAGACUCAGGAACAGAAGUAG